UGCGCCCGGAGCGGAGAUGACAGCGCACGCACUUCUGGCGCCUGUAUCGCUUGUGUAUGAUCGCAGGAUAUUGUCGGAAAGUUGAAUGUGAAGAAGAGAACUCUGACAGAGACGAAGAGGGAGACUGGAGGCAGAAUGCGGCUUCUGCUCGUGGUGCUGAAACCGCUGUGUUUACUCGCGCUCUUCGGCUCGUGCCCGUCCGCGACUAUCCGGCCAAAGGAAGGCUGGCAGGUGUACAGUUCAGCACAGGAUGCUGAUGGUCGCUGCAUCUGUACGGUGGUGGCGCCAGAACAGAGCCUGUGUUCCAGAGAUGCCAAAAGCAGACAGCUCCGCCAGUUAUUGGAGAAGAUUCAGAACAUGUCGCAAUCAAUAGAAGUUCUGAACCUGCGGACCCAAAGGGACUUCCAAUAUGUCAUGAAAAUGGAGAGCCAGAUAAAAGGACUCCGAUCAAAGAUCAGACAAAUCGAGUCAAACCGAAGAGCAUUAUUGACUAAAAACUUUCAGGAGCUGAAGGGUCGGAUGAAUGACCUUCAACCUCUAAUUCCAGUAUUGGAUCAGUAUAAAACCGACGCCACGCUCAUUUCCCAGUUCAAAGAGGAGAUCAGGAAUCUGUCUCUGGUGCUGACUGCCAUUCAGGAGGAGAUAGGAGCGUAUGAUUAUGAAGAACUUCAUCAGCAAGUACUCGGUUUAGAGGGAAGACUGAGGAACUGUAUGAACAAACUCACCUGUGGUAAACUGAUGAAAAUCACAGGGCCUAUUACCAUAAAGACAUCAGGUACAAGGUUUGGAGCGUGGAUGACAGACCCUCAGGCUUUACCUAACAACAACAAGGUUUGGUAUAUGGACAGCUAUACAAACAACAAGAUUGUCCGUGAGUACAAAUCGAUUAGUGACUUUGUAUCUGGGGUUGAGGCCAGAACCUACAAUCUUCCUUUUCACUGGGCGGGCACAAACCACGUGGUUUACAAUGGUUCCCUGUACUACAACAAAUACCAGAGCAACAUUAUUGUCAGGUACAGCUUUGACAGUGGCCGGGUCAUGACCCAGCGAGCGCUAGAGUUUGCCGGCUUCCACAACGUCUAUCCAUACACCUGGGGUGGAUUCUCUGACAUUGACCUGAUGGCCGAUGAGCUUGGCUUAUGGGCUAUUUACGCUACCAAUCAGAAUGCAGGAAACAUAGUGAUCAGCCAAAUAGAUCCUCUGACCAUCCAAAUCCUCAACUCUUGGAACACUGAAUAUUCCAAACGCAAUGCGGGUGAAUCCUUCAUGAUCUGUGGAACGCUGUACAUCACCAAUUCCCAUCUGACCGGGGCUAAAGUAUACUACUCGUAUUCCACCAAAACCUCCACCUAUGAAUACAUGGACAUCCCCAUCCAUAACCAGUACUUUCAUAUGUCCAUGCUGGAUUACAAUGCCAGGGAUCGGGCACUUUAUGGCUGGAAUAAUGGCCACCAGGUACUGUUCAAUGUCACGCUUUUUCACAUUAUUAACACUGAUGAUGAAUCCUGAAGGAUGUGCCAUUAGGUGAUAAUAGACAUUUCUGGGGAGUUUUCCAGACAAUGUUUUUGAAAUGACACUGUUCUGUUUCUGUGUUCCUGCUGUGUAAUGGGAUUUAUAUUGUAUAUCAGAGUAUCAUAUUCCGGAGAUAAAGGUUUAAUAUGCCUCUGGAGAUCUUAUUGUUUUACUUGAGUUCAAAGCAUUGCUCCAUUUGUGAUCUAACCAUGAUCCAGUUUUAAACUGGACUCAAAACAAGGACAAUAAGGAAUCUUUCAUGUGCUAUUUAACUGUUUUGUGAGUUGAGUGUGUAACGUUCCGUGCUUGACAAUGAUGUUUAUCUGUUAUACUCGAUCAACAAAUAAUGUUACAAAAUUACACUGGAAACAUAACAUUAAGUACUAUCUGCAUUGAUAUCAGAAUGUAUCGUUUAGUUUAACAUGCAGAUUGUUUUGAGUAAUUAAUAAACAUAUUUUUACUGA